CAGUAAACGUCUUUCCGGCGACACAACAGCGCGGGUAAUUUCGCAUAGCGGUGACGUCACUCGUUAGCUUCCUCACUCUUUAGGACUACCAUCAAAUGGUCUGCUUUCACUCAUAUCCUUCAUUUAUGUGUUGUAAAAAAUGAGGACUUUGGAGGAAGUUCAGGCGACGCUUGAGAUCGCCAAGCUGAAAGAAGAAGACCUCCAGAAAAGUGUCCAGUGUUUGUCAUUUGGAGACAGCGUGUCCUCCGAUGACUACUGCCUCAUGGAGCUGGACGACACCUUGUGUCAACACAUAGAAGCUGGACACAGCUUGGUGAUCAGAGGAGACAAGGACGAACACGCCGUGUUGUGUAGCGGAGACAAGACGUACGACUUAAAGAUUGCACACACGUCCAACCUGCUGCUCCUUCUGCCCGGAUGCAAAACACAUGAGCAACUAACCAACAGCCAGGACAGCACCCACGUGAUUGAUGCUAAUAUCUGGGGCUUUUGCAGUAGUUACUGGGAAGUGCGGAGACAUCGUCCGAGGCUGAAGAAACUGUUGAGAGUUUUAAUGGAGAACCCUUAUGAAGGACCUGCUAUUGCGGGACAGCAGGAGAACACAGAGAACACGGUUAUUCGUGCGUUGCAGUACACCAUGGACGACCUGCUGGAGACAAUCCAGGCCAGUGAAGAGGAAAUAAAGAACCACUUGAAAACCCUCCACGCCUGUCAGAUUAACGGCUUCUGGCGUGUGCUCGACCCAGACUACGAGAUGAAGUUAGUGGGUCAUGUGACCCAGCUGGUGGACUCUGAGUCGUGGUCUUUUCACAAGGUUCCUCUUCAAACCAGUCUGGAGGAGCUUGGCCCGCUAGAGCCCAGGGAGAUGAUCGAGCACUGUUUCAACUGCUACGGGACACGUUACAUUGAAAACGGCGAGGUGUUCUACGCGCUGGAUGAGGCUAAAGUUUGCCGGGCCACGGCACUAAUGUUGCUGAACAACGCCGUCAAGUUCAACCUGGGGGAGUUUCAGGAGGUGUGGCAGCAGAGCGUCCCAGAAGGAAUGAGCACCAGACUGGACCAACUGAAGAGUGUCGCCCUGGUGGACCGCACCGCUCGCCCCGAGACCAUCUGCCUGCUUAACGUGCAAGAUCUCCCUGAGGACACCUUGGAACGCUUUAACCAUCUCUUCACACUGCGAGAGAAAUGGACUGAGGAGGAUAUCACACCAUAUAUAGAGGAUCUGUGUGGCGAGAAACAGACGACCGGAGCGCUGCUUACCAAAUACGCUCGAUCUUCUACGCAAAAUGGCACCAAGGUGUUCAACUCCAGAAGGCCUAUCUCUACAUGAACAUUAUCACUCACCUCGCGUCACAUCUCAUUUACAUGUUUAUAUGUUUUAAUGUUCACUCUUGGAAUAUAUUCUGCUUACAUUUAAGGGAGAAAUAUUCCAUCUACUCUAGUUGUCAUACUUUGUAAAAUAAAAUAAAAAAGUUUAAAUAA